AUGCAAGCCUCCCAACCUCCUCCUCCUCCUUACGCAAAGUUCUUGCGAGACGACAACGUGUCGCAAGCAUGCAAAGACUUGCUCUCUUCUCUGCCUUCGGAUGCAGGCUGGAACGGCGCCUCUCUCCACUUGUACCAGGGCUUCUGGUUCUUCCCGUGGACGUUAAAGGGUGUCCUUGCUUGUCAAAGCCACUUCCAAGCUCACCCCUCCGACAUCCUCCUCAUCACCAGCCCAAAGUCCGGCAGCACCUGGCUCAUGGCCAUCCUCUUUGCUCUCUUGAACCGUGCCAAGUACGCCGACUCCGACUCGCAGCGACACCACCCUCUCCUAACCCAACACCCCCACAACCUCGUGCCCUUUUUGGAGGUCAAGCUGUAUUUGGAGCAAGAAAAACCCGAUCUCACUUCUUUCGCACCCCCGAGACUCUUUGCCACUCACUUGCCUUAUUCCUUGCUUCCGCAGUCGGUGAGAAACUCCAAGUGCAAGCUGGUUUACCUGUGUAGGAACCCUAAGGACAGCUUCAUCUCGCUAUGGCACUUUGUCAACAAGCUGAUGCCCGAAGAGAAGGGCCGGACUCCGCUCCCGGAUUGCCUCGACAAGUUCUGUCGAGGGCUGAGCACCUUCGGGCCUUUCUGGGAACAUGUGCUGGGUUACCACAAGGUGAGGUCGGAGAUGCCCGAGGAGGUGCUGUUCCUCACGUACGAGGAGAUGAAAGAGGAGCCGCGUGUUCACGUGAGGAGGUUGGCCGAUUUCGUGGGAUGUCCAUUCAGCGAUGAAGAACUGAGAGACGGGACUGUGGAGAGGAUACUGACAAUGUGUAGCUUCGACAAUUUGAGUGCAUUGGAGGUGAAUAAGAGCGGGAAGUUGUCGACUGGACCAGAGAAGAAGUCGUUCUUCAGGAGAGGUCAGGUUGGAGAUUGGGUGAAUUAUCUGAGUGCUGAGAUGGCCGACAGGUUUGACCAAGCAAUGGAAGAGAAGCUGCAUGGUUCUGGGUUGAAGUUCAAGGACAAAUAA